AUGGGCCUGAUCAACCUCCCGACCGAGCUCCUCCACGCCAUUGCCUAUCACACUCAGUUACUUACCAUUGCGGAUGUCAACGCAUCGCUGCUCACUCAGACACUUGCUGCUGCUAUGGUUCACGAUGUCGACGCUGGUGUGUGGCAAGAUCGUCUCAUUGACGCCUGUCUCGCGCAUCCCUACUUCCACGUCGGUCACUCGGCCUGCCUCGUCCUCCGCAGGGCCGCCACACUCGGCAAUGUCAGGGUCGUUGCCGCCGUGGCCGGUCAUCCGGCUGCUGAUCUGCGCAAGUGCCGCUCGCAGGCCAUCUACGGUGCUGUCGACAACGGUCAUGUCGAUGUCGUCGCCCUCUUUCCGCACUUUCGAGGCAACGCCUUCCAUCCGUUUCCGGUUCACCUCAUCGCGCGCGCCAUCAGCAAGGGCAUUGCCCCGAUGGUUCACAAGCUUACCAGCAUGGCCUCGCGACACCAGCUUGACAGCGUCCGACUUGUUGUGAAAAGCUCUCUGCUGGGCGCGCCGCGCAUGGCGUUCGUCCAAGGCGCUAUUGACAUUGCGCCUGACGCCAUCCGGGCCGUCUUUGAGCACGUCCCCACCGCCACCAUCGACGCUGCACUUCCCAUGCUCUGCCUCCCUGCCCUGCUCCAAGCCGAUGCUGCAGCCAUCAUGGCUCGUGUUGCUCCGCACCAUGCAGCUGUCUUUGCCGCCGCAACAUCCGGCAAUCUUCCGGCCUUGAGGUGUGCGCUCGACAACGCAAGCGAGGUUACAUGCCCGGACCUCCUUGACACCGCCCUGAGCCUGGCCAUGGCAUGCGGCCAUGUAGAGGCGAUGGACAUGAUUGCGGAUGUCCUCCCGAUGCCUCUGCUGAACAUCAUUCCCCAGGCGUUGCUCAUCGCUGUCGGGCGCAGCCAUCUGCGCACCAUCGAGCGCUUGGCCGACAUCGCUCGACCCGUCUUUACCACCUCUGUCACGGCAUCCCUAUUCCAGGCAGCUGUGGCCCUCGGCUACAUCGAAUGCGUUGACUUUUUGAUUCAACGUAUGGAUGCUUGGCACCCGAACAGGUGUUACUCGCACGGGACGCUCGUCGCAGCCGCUAUCCGAUCUGGCUCGGUCGCCACCUUUGAGCGCGUCUCCAACUUGCCUGACUUCAAUACCACCGCUGUCAUGCGGGCUGGGCGGGAUAUGUUCUCGAUACUCGUUCGCACAGACGGAUAUGAUAUGCUCAAUGCGAUUGCCGACUUUGCUGCCCGCAACGCCUCGCUUGCCGAGCACACCAACUUCUUCUUCUUCUCCAUGACCGUCGCCAUGUCCUUUGCCGAUUGCGUCGAUCGUGGACACGCGCCCGACCUUGCCGCCGUUCUCUCCCGUGCCGCCAUCCCGCGUACCGUCUUUACUCGCCUCCUAGCCUCUUUGUUUAUCACCGAUGUCCAAGCAGCCGCCAUCCAUGCCGUCCUUGCUCUCUACGACGCCAACAAGCCAAACCUCGACGCCCCCCCGGGCGCCUCAUCACCACCGGGCGCAUCGACAUCAACGACUUCUCGACCCAUCCAAAAGUCCCGCAAACGCAACAAGCGCAAGCGCGGUCAAGCUCAAGACUCGCCAGAAGUAACGCAGUGGUGA